GACAUGUGGAGCAGGGAAAACAAUCCCCUCCAUGAUAUUAUUCAACUUGGAAUGUGAUGACCUGUCCUAGACUGACCCCUGUAGUACAAAUGUGAACUACACGUCCAGACAUGUCCAGACAUGUGGAGCAGUGAAAACAAUCCCCUCUAUGAUAUUAUUCAACUUGGAAUGUGAUGUUAAAAUAUGAAACUAUUUGUGAAUAGAUGAAAUGUAAUUUCAGCUUCUUAAAUGAGAGAACGGUUUGUCAUGGAGAAACUCUGCUCACUCAGAGGCCCCGCCCAAGUGAACAGACAUUGGUUAUAAACUAUGAAACACGCCCUUCUCUCUCCUACUAUAUAAGCCCUGAUAUGAAAAUGUAACCUCCUGUUCCAAGGAGAAGAGGACGGUGGUCUCCACUUGAAAAGGACAAGAUCAACAACAGAACUAAGCCAACCUCAGUGUGAGCUCUGGUUGAACGACAAGAACCUACCGAAAUUAACAUUUCAUUUCAACAUGAAGAUGAUGAUCAACACACCGAAAGGAUGAAUUUCGACUAUACCAGCCAGAAUAUAGCAUGAGCUUAAAGUAUGGCAACUUGCUGUGAACUUUGAACUCUUAUUCACUAAAGAAGUGAUACCUCCUAGCUGUUGCGUUAGCAACCACAGCUGUAAACGUGGGCUGGGAAAGGACGGACAAAGGACCCGUUCUACCACACGACGACGGUUCUACCAAGUAUACGUUCUACCACCAGACAUUCUUCAAAGGACAACCUGGCCUUCCACCUACGACCAACCGAUCGAAGCGCAGCUCAGAGGAAAGAAAAUGCAGCGACAAAACCAAAGAGGAAUAACGGAGACCUUUUUCCGCGGGGAGCAUCAGAGUAUAGAAACCUUGAAAAUGGAGACCCCACUAAGUUGUAGACGUCUUAUUUCAAAAGACAUUCCACUGUACCCCAAAGCUGAUAGAGCGGAAUUUCACGUGGACACAGUCUGUCAUGUAACCACUCCAACAGGCCUGACAGGAAUCAUGGAUCUGAGUGGAUUUACAGCAGGGCAAACAGGGGGUUUCACAUGGUGGGCUCUUCACAUUACAGAAGGGGAAAUUGAGGCAGCAGAGAAUCGCUUCAUUGAAAAGGAACAGCUUUCCUUUGACCCAACAACGGGUGAAGAACAAAGACACAAUCCAUUCCUGAAGGAAUUCACCACCUCCCCUGUCUUCCAAAAGGGAUCUCGGUACGGGAACUUUAAGUUUACCUUCCCCUUGGAGGAUCUCAUGCAGAUGUACACAGAGCAGAUCUGUGAGGGAGAGAAGCCUGUCCUGAGAGUCUUUGAAACCGUGGUUUACAAGCAGGAGAUCAUGUACGUUGUGGUUGUCCACGGUCCAGAUGUGACAGAGUUUGAUGAGUACCCACUUCUUGCUGAUGAGAAUGAUAAGGCAAUAUGCAUUUAUAAAGAUGGUCAAAUUGUCUGGCGUGCAGAAGCAAUAUGUGAAACCCAUACAAAGAAGCUGAUCAUCAACAGAGAGAGUGGAACAGUUGAAACAGAAGAACUUGGACGUGGUUUUGAGUAUUUCAUGUGGGACAAUGUGACCCUGGCAUUCCAUCUGCCAGCUGACCGCACCCUCCAAGUUGAAGAGGGAGUAUUAAAGGAGAGACUCCAUGCAUGUGAGGGUAUCAGACCUUUUCUCCAGGGUGAGUUUUUAACACUAGAGGAAGCAGAAGAAGUAGUGAAUGCCAUAAAGAACUCUAUACAGGGACAGUGCUAGUGACAGUGCUAUAUGGGGACAGUGCUAUAUAGGGACAGUGCUAUAUGGGGAAAGUGCUAUAUGGGGACAGUGCUAUAUGGGGACAGUGCUAUAUGAGGACAGUGCUAUAUUGGGACAGUGCUAUAUAGGGACAGUGCUAGUGACAGUGCUAUAUGGGGACAGUGCUAGUGACAGUGCUAUAUGGAGACAGUGCUCUUGACAGUGCUAUAUGGGGACAGUGCUCGUGACAGUGCUAUAGGGGGACAGUGCUCGUGACAGUGCUAUAUGGGGACAGUGCUCUUGACAGUGCUAUAUGGUGACAGUGUUAGUGACAAUGCUAUAUAGUUACAGUGCUAGUGACAGUGCUAUAUAGUUACAGUGCUAGUGACAGUGCUAUAUAGGGACAGUGCUAUAUAGGGACAGUGCUAUAUAGGGGCAGUGCUAGUGACAGUGCUAUAUAG